UCUCUACUUCCACAGCUGCUUCGGUGUUUUGCUGAUUACGUUGCUGACACCGGGGCUUUUUUUGUGGUCGCGAUUGCUCUCGUUAUUCAGUGACUGACACAAACUACAACCAGCAGAGGUCAGGACCUGAGCUCUGAGGAGCCACCACUACCCUAAAUGUGACCCGGUGAAUUCCACUUAUCUCUGGAGGGUGUUGAUGGAGAGCCAUUCGAAUGACAGCCGGGACAGUGGUCAUCACUGGUGGAAUUCUAGCUACAGUUAUAUUACUCCUUAUCAUCGCAGUAUUGUGCUACUGUAGGCUGCAGUAUUAUUGCUGCAAGAAGGAAGAGUCCGAGUCGGAGGAGGAGGAGCCAGACUUUGCCGUAACGUCCCGCCUCCCGCCGGUUCACUCCAAUCACAACAUUGUGGCGGCGACGACCGCGGCGUCCUCCAUCCCGAAUGGCCCCGCCCUUUUCUCCACCCCUCCACUGGCCAGGAAAUUAACACGCUCACAGACAUUCUGCCCAUCCUGUACACACUAUGAGCUGCCUUUCUACCUCCAGCCUCCUGCUCAGCCGCAGGUCCACCAUCAACCAGAUGGGUUGAGGAACGGAGGCGACCGGAUCAGCUACCGCAGCGUCCAGCAGCAGGAUCUGGAGCUGCCGGUGCCGGUGAACAUUUCAAACUACCGUAAACCAAACCUUGGCCGGUCGGUCACCAUGAGGGACAUGUUUACCCGCAGCUGUAGCAUCAGCACUGAUGUUUAGCUGGGUGAGUUUGGUGUAAAUUCAUGCUUAAAUGAACUGGGAUGACCCAUUCCGAACUGGGCUUGAGUCAGACUUUCUGUCAUCUUGACCAGUUUAGUCCAGUCUAGUAUGGUCUGAUCUAGUCUGGUCUCGUUGUACUGGUCACCUCUUGCAAAAUGGAGGAAUCAGAUGGCUCUCAGGACAGGAUUUUUAAAGAUACUAUGCUCAGGUCCAGGACCUUACACUUGGGCCACUUUGGAGUUUAAAGUACUUAAAGUCUUAAUUGACCAAUGACGUGAACUUCUUGUUUAGUUUUUUUUCAAUAGCUCUUUUGUAACAAUAAGAAUGGAAUUGGUUUUACGGUUUGAUAGAGUUUGUGUAGCCCUACUUCCUGUGGACUCUUGUACCCGUGGCCUGAAAGAUACACAAAUUCCUGCCAUGUCGAAAUGACAUAAUCGGCAGGGAUUUUCUCUCUGCCAUAGCUGCUAAUAUGAUUAGAGAAGUCCAGAGUUUCCCUCUCCGAUGAUGGGAUGAUCGGUCUGUUCCUCCAUCUACAGAUUAUAGAGAUUUUAACUGACAUUUCAGAUUUAGCUUAGGCCAUGAUAUUUUACGACACAAAGGGCUCACAGAAGAUGGGAAUCCCGGCUUGUUUUCCACAUCCUUUCAUGAAGGUCACCAGUUUGACGGGAGGCUGGUUUCUCUGAGCGCCUGAUGACAACACAAUGUGUACGUACAGUACACACUUCAGCAGAGACACACACCUCUGUGUUCUUGCAGGCAGGUUGGACGAGGUGCCAAAGGGGGGUGGGUUCUUGCAUUUGUGUGUGUGUGUGUGUGUGUGUGUGUAACUCGGUCAGUUCUUCUACCAUUACUCUUAUUCCAUACAAUUGAACAGUCUGUCACCCCUGUAUGUAAACCGAACCUAGUGGUGGGUUGCAAUAACAUUUUCAACAUGUAUUGUAAGGGUGAAGAGAUUGUAUUAGUUUGCUACUUUACCUUUAAAUCCAUGCUGAUGCAAAGAAUGACCCGACCAGAUGACGUGAUGACCCCUUUUUUGUAAAUGCUUAUUUGACUGUUAAAUGUUCUCACACAGAGUCAAGCUGUCGCCGGCAGUCAGGGCAGUAACAUGUUUCACUUUAUAGUAACAUGUUCAUUUCAAGUUCUUCACUGACAAUUUAUUUUGUGGACUUUUCACUGCAUUCAUUGUGCCGUCUCUCUAUGUGUUGAUCUAUAGAUACAUAGGAUAAAGAUUAAUUCAUCUUUAAAGGCACCUCUAUAAAUAUUUAACAGGCCAUAGCAUACACUCCGGUCGCUCUCUUCUCCUGACUUGUUGGACUGAGGAAUAGUUGCUCUUCCUCUGAGGUACUCGGAGAGCUCCUUCUUGGGAUUGAUUUGGUUUUCUGGGCUUGGCUCGCCCCGCCUGACUGCAGGAGCAGUGGAUGUUUUUUUUAUGGACACAGGACACACAUUUAAUGAAUGAAGAUAUUCAAUGUGGAUUUCAAGAAGAAAUGCGUGUGGUAGUGCGAGGGGCUUGAAGCUGAUUGGAUUGUCCUUUAGAUUGACUCUCUCUCUCUCUCUCUCCUUUCUCAUUGUGUCUCUCUAUCUCUUUUCCUCUCUCUCACUCUAUUUCUGUCUCUCUGUUCAUUGUAUCAGCAAUCAUGCUCAUGUAUAUUCCCAAAGGGGGAAACAGUGAGUGAUUUUAGUUAUCCUCUUGUGACAUGUGCUUUCCUGCAAAUACACAACGACAUACAUGCACACACACACACACACACACACACACACACACACAUGCACACACACGCACAUACUGUCGUGGUUCCACUUUGCAUUGAAUUACAUUAAUUUUCUGGAGAGUUACCCUAACUAUAACCACUACCAGUCUAACCCUAACGCCUAUCCUAAUCCUCACCUGAACAUAACUUUACCCUCCUUACUUUCAACCAAGUCUUCACCCUAUAAUGUAAUAAUAUAUGUUAUAGGGAGAUUAAUUUAGUCCCCAAAGGGAAGGUGAGUCCCCACAAUGUGACUGUAUCAACAUAUUCAUGUGCCCACAACAUGAGUAAUACACACACACACACACACACACAGUUCUCAAUGCUUUGCUUUUACCUUUAAACAGAUGUGACAGUUGCACAGGAAAUGUUGUGCCAUAAAGAAUUCUGAGAGAAAUGUAUUAUUAAUAUUAUUACAAGUGUAUAUUCAAAUGCAGUGUGGCUUUUUCCCUACGGUAUUUUAAUUACUUUCUUUAUUUUAUGAUCCAGCUGUUUUUUCAGACUCAGUACAGUACAGCAGAAAUGUUUCUGUCCUUGUUUCUGAUAUAUAACUAACGGACACAUUGUUGCUAAUAAAAUGGUGUGAAAAUCCUUCUCA